ACGUUAUCUCGGCUACCAUUAAGACAGAAAUUGGCAAAGUCGACGAAGUUAACAGAACAUGGGUUCCUGUAUUUGAUGAUGACUUUGUACUCGCAAAGACGCCCGAUAUAUUAUCUGAACUUCUAGACUCGAACAUGAGAUCAAAGUAUUCAAACUUUUGGGAGGUAGACAUUAUGAUUGGUGCUAACAAUUAUGAUGGUGUAGUGUAUCAAGACUUGACGAUGAUAUUACUAAAUAAUACAACACCUACAUCGAUCAAUUAUAAAGUAUCUGCUCAACAAUUUAAUAAGGUCAUUGUUCCAAGAGCACUUGAAGCAUGGCUUGACGAAAUGCCUACAACUCUAGCUGUAGACCUAACUAUAAAUGAGUACAUGUCUUGGGACGAUCCAGCAAAUAGCACAAAGCGCUUGCAGAAUGCCAUCGAUAUUUGGACAGACUAUGCUCUAAACGCACCAACAAUUCAAACCGCAAAUGCGCAUUUGAAUAACAUCACAUCAACGUACGUUUACCAGUUCACGGCUUCACCUCCGAAACAUCUUUUACGGAUUGCACCGGAACUAGACGGCGAAAAUGUUGCCUGCCAUUCUGACGAAAUACUGUUCGUAUUUGGAUUUACAGAGACCAUACGGAAAUAUUUGAAUUUAUCAGAAGAAGAAGUUAAAAGCCACUACAAGCUGUCUAAAGAUGUUAUAACGAUGUUGACGAACUUUGCAAAGACGGGAAACCCUAACACUCCUAUGUCACUGAACACACUUGGUAGCAGAUCUUGGCCUGCGUAUGAUGUGCCCGGAGAGAAGUAUCUGGAGAUUUCCUCCAAGCUGACCGAGGUCAAACAACGUCUGCGAGCAGAGCAGGUAGUUUUCUGGAACAAUUUGCUGCCAGAAAUGCAGGCAUAUGCAAAUAGCAAAUCAUAAAUAUAUAACAAACUCUUGCGUUUUGAAAUUGAUUCUGUUUUUAUGUGUCUUCAAAAUAAAGAAAUCACGUAGUUUGCUUUAGUUACAACGGUAAAGAAUAGAAUAAUAGUUUUUAAUGAUUUUAAACUCUCAUCGCGGUUGUUCAAGUUGUGACCCUAUUCCUACCAAUCAGUAACGGCACCGUUACUUUUCUAAGCGACCUUCAAAGGAAAAGAAGAAUUAGAAGAUCACCUUCCUACGAGCUAGUAGAAGCCAUUAUGGUGAUAGCUUUGUCGAAUUAUUUGUUGUCACAGGAUGCUGAUGUUAUGGCGAAGCACAUUAUUAUGAUUAGUGUUAUAUGUUGAAUGUUAGUCUUGCAGGACAAAGCCUAUACGUGUUUAUGUCAAUCAAUUUUGAAACAAAACAUAAGUAUCUUAAGGAUAUUAAGGCUGUUUGACUAUUUCUUGCUGAUCGUAGUUGACUGUAAUAAAGCAAAAAUAAUCAGAAGAUACAGAAGCUUCUUACUAAUGCGAAAGUUUGCAGUGUCCUCAGAGUUGCUACACAGGCAGCUGUUAUGUACCAAGCUACACAAAACAUUCAUUUUUUUUGUUUGUUUUGGGUUUAACGCCGUUUUUCAACAGUAUUUCAGUUAUGUAACGGCGGGCAGUUAACCUAACCAGUGUUCCUGGAUUCAGUACCAGUACAAACCUGUUCUCCGUAAGUAAUUGCCA